CCUUAACUUUAGGGUGUAAAGUAGGAAAAUAGUAUGUGUUAGGCAAGAAGUGGAUCCCGUCUGUGAUACAAAACAGUUUCCAGGGAAACCAGAUGGUGGCGGAAGGAAGGGGAGUUUGGGCUUACUUGUUACACACAGAUAAAGAGCGAGAAGAGGAAGAAAGGAGGAGGGGUAGAGAGGGAGCUGAGAAGCAGUGGUUCUUGGGAUCUUUCAUUCUCCCUUCCCAUUCUUUUUUCAUUCUUGCCAGAUGUGAAGGAUUCUUUUGCUUUUCCUUUUUUUUCCUCCUGUUCCUUUUGUGCUGCCAGAGUGGCUUUCAAGAAGUCUUCUCCGUGGAGAGGUGCACUCGGCAUUUGAAGUCAAUGGCUGUAACAACAUUUGUUUUCUUGUUGUAGUCUUGAGUUGCUUUAAGUUUUUCUGGACAAAGCUGAGCACUUGAGAAUGAAGCAACAUCUGCAUAGUCGUGUGCCGGCAUUUGGGAGUGUAAACUUUCUUCUAGCCUGACCUUAGUAGGAAACCCAAAAGGACUCUUUGAGGAUGGGAUGCUUCAGCUCUGUCCCACAAGAGGAUGUCAUUGUAGUAGGAACAUCCACUUCCCGAGAAAGCAGCUUUGUGGAUAAGAUGAAGAAGACGGGCAAAAAUAUAGUAGUAUUCUAUGGAUCUCAGACUGGAACAGGAGAAGAAUUUGCUAAUCGACUUUCUAAGGAUGCUCACCGCUAUGGCAUGCGUGGUAUGGCAGCGGACCCUGAAGAAUUUGAAUUGGCGGAUCUUGGUCGUCUUACAGAGAUUGAAAAAUCUCUUGCGGUGUUCUGCAUGGCUACGUACGGUGAAGGGGACCCUACAGACAAUGCUCAAGACUUCUAUGAUUGGUUACAGGAAACUGAUGUUGAUCUUUCUGGACUAAAAUUUGCAGUAUUUGGCCUUGGAAAUAAGACAUAUGAGCACUUUAAUGCCAUGGGUAAAUAUGUGGACAAAAGACUAGAAGAGCUUGGAGCUGAAAGAAUCUUUGAACUUGGAAUGGGAGAUGAUGAUGGGAAUCUGGAGGAAGACUUUAUCACAUGGCGUGAGCAGUUUUGGCCUGCAGUCUGUGAACACUUUGGUGUAGAAGCAACAGGUGAAGAAUCCAGUAUUCGUCAAUAUGAACUUGUGGUGCACACAGAUGAGAAUAUGAAUAAGGUCUACACUGGGGAGAUGGGUCGUCUUAAGAGCUAUGAAACACAAAAACCACCUUUUGAUGCCAAAAAUCCAUUCCUGGCAAAUGUCACUCUGAACCGAAAACUUAACGAAGGUGGAGAAAGGCAUUUGAUGCAUCUGGAACUUGAUAUAACCGGCUCAAAGAUCAGGUACGAGUCAGGAGAUCAUGUGGCAGUAUAUCCAGCUAAUGAAUCUGCAAUAGUUAACAAACUAGGAGAAAUUCUAGGCGUAGACCUUGACACUGUGAUAUCUUUGAACAACCUUGAUGAGGAAUCAAACAAGAAGCACCCAUUUCCUUGUCCAACCACCUAUCGCACAGCUCUUACCUAUUACUUGGAUGUAACCAAUCCACCACGUACCAAUGUACUUUAUGAACUUGCCCAGUAUGCCACUGAUCCAAAAGAGCAAGAGAAUCUGCGUAAAAUGGCCUCUUCUGCACCUGAUGGCAAGGCAUUAUAUCUUAGUUGGGUUGUGGAAGCAAGGAGAAAUAUUCUGGCGAUUCUAGAAGAUGUGCCUUCACUGCGUCCUCCCCUUGAUCACCUUUGUGAAUUAUUACCACGUCUGCAGGCCCGUUAUUACUCUAUUGCCUCUUCUUCAAAAGUUCAUUCCAAUUCCAUACACAUCUGUGCGGUUGUAGUAGAAUAUGAGAGCAAGGCUGGACGACAUAACAAAGGUGUUGCUACAAACUGGCUGAAAAACAAACAGCCAAAUGACAAUGGACACAAAGCCUCUGUGCCCAUGUAUGUCCGCAAAUCUCAGUUCCGGUUACCAUUCAAACCCAGCACGCCUGUCAUAAUGAUUGGGCCUGGCACAGGUAUCGCUCCAUUCGUGGGAUUCAUUCAAGAGCGGGAAUGGCUGAAACAGCAAGGUAAGGAGGUUGGAGAAACUGUUAUGUAUUAUGGCUGCCGGCAUGAACAUGAAGAUUAUCUUUACAAGGAAGAACUUGGUCGAUUUUAUAAAGAUGGUGUUCUUACCCAGUUGAAUGUUGCCUUUUCACGGGAUCAGAAAGAAAAGAUUUAUGUCCAGCAUCUUCUAAAGAAAAACAAGGAAAAUGUAUGGAAGCUAAUUAAUGAGGAAAAUGCCCAUAUCUAUGUGUGCGGUGAUGCCCGCUAUAUGGCUCGUGAUGUGCAGAACGCUUUCUAUGACAUUGUUGAAGAAUAUGGCAAGAUGGAUCGCAGCCAAGCUGUAGAUUACAUCAAGAAACUAAUGACAAAGGGCCGUUACUCCCAAGACGUCUGGAGUUAAUUCGUACACAGCCUGAAAUGAGAGGACCGUCUAGAGAUACUUUUUGAGAUCUGCGUGAGCCAGUUAAUGUAAAUCUAAUAGACACUAUCUUUUAGAAUCCUUUUUAAGAGAUGCAACCAACCUGGUGUAGUUCUGUUCCAAGUAUAAUCCUCUCAAAUUAUGUUUUGAACUGUGCCAGUCAAGAAGCUGUCCAGUCCUCUAGGAUAUUCAUGCUCACUUUGGUGGAAAUGGACUUUUUCCCUUGGAUGUGCCAUUUACAAAAUCUUUUUUUAUUUUUAUUUUUUGAGGGGGAGGGGCUUGCAGUUUUACAUAAGGAACAGAAAAUGGCAGGAAAAUUCAUGAAGCUGGUAGGUCUGCAUCAACGACAAAUCGCUAUACAUGGCACACCUCCUUUUUCAUUUUGCAUGGCUGUUUUAUUUUGUAUCAUGUGCCGGUUAACAAAGGAUGACCUACAAUAUAUUGUACAAUAUAUGUAUUUUAACUUUUGAUACUUAGGCCAAUUUCACUAAUAAAGUUAUACAAUUCUAACUUGAUAUGCAGCUUCACUAAUGGUUUAAUAUAACUCCAUAGGAAAACCAGAUUAUGAAGAUCGACCGCUGCUAUUGUUGGUAUUCUCAAGUUCCUCAGCCUCCAAUAAAAUCUCAACUAAGAUUCAUUAAAAUUUGAGAAAAGCUGCUUUUCUUUGUGUCUUAAUGAACAAGGCUUUUCUACAGGUUCUUAGGGUCCCAUAAGAUGAGUUUAAUAUAUUGCCAGUAGUAACCUCAUUGCAUGUCUUUUCUAAAAGGAAUGGAGAAUGUUUCGGUGCAUAGAGGAGCACCAAGAUAGAUCCAAGUUGUAUAAGAAAGCAGAUGUGUGGCUGCUAUGAUCAAUAGAAAUACACGGACUGUCAUGAACCUGCAGGGGGAAUAGCUCAGGACUGUGCUGACCUUUUUGGUGCAUUUACAUUUAAGCAUUAUGGGGGAGAUUUAUCAAAACCAGUGCAGAGGAAAAGUUGCCCAUAGCGACCAAUCCAAUUGCUUCUUUAAUUUUCACAGAGCUUUUUAAAAAUGAAAGAAGCAAUCGGAUUGGUUGCUAGGGACAACUUUCAUCUGGGCAAGUUUUGAUAAAUCUCUCCCUAUAUAGAAUACACAGGGCUGCCAUCAGUACUGGUGGUAAUGGAGCCAAAUAAAAUACAUAAAGGAGCUUGUUGCCAGGUCCUUUUUACAGCUUAUGGUAAAGGGGACCCAGACACUUCAGGUGUAUGGGGCCCGAAAAUUGAUGAUGGCAGUACCGACCAACAUACAACUUGUAAAACCAUUCUUCAACUCUACAGCUAUAUUGUAAGAUCUGUCAUGAAAUUAUUAAGAAUCCAUAGCAUUUGUUAAGAAGGGACUUGGUAACCCAUUAUUCAGAAAUGCAAGCACUUGUAGAUACCCAUCCCCUGCACCUUAUUUAUUUAUUCCAUAAUACCUUAUAGUCUGGAUAAACUUUUAAUCUGCAGUAAUGUAGUGUGGACACAACUGGUAAAUUGAGAAUUUACAGGACCUCUUGCUGAAAGAGUAAAAAUAAAAUGUUGCAUUUAUUUUUAUUUUUUUCAGAAGUGGCAGAGUGAAUGCAGAUUCACAGACUUAGAAAUCAAGUUUUUCUUAUUAUUGUAGCCAAGAAGAUGUUCUGAUGUUUAUCACUUGUGGCACAUUAAAGAAAGGUUCCUCUGCUUGAAUAGGUGAGGUAGAAGUAGGUUGGUGGGCUGCAUCAGGGUUCUGUUAUCACAGAUUGUAUCUUGUGCUAUCUUAUGUGUAGUCUAUUGAGGUUCCAUGCAUAUUUUUAACAACCUUUUCCCUGUGUGCAUUGUGUUUAAACAAAAACAUUUAAGAUUUUUUUUCCACCUUUUCAAAUUAAGCUUUUAAUAAAAUGAUUGUAAAUAAUUUUAAAUAUGCAUUAACCUUAAAAAUAAAAUAAACAUAUUAAAUUUAUGCCA